AUGCCAUCAUUUUAUUUGUUCAUUAUCAUAUCAUUAUUAUUGUGUUUUUUUCAAUCAAUAAAUUCAGAAUCAGAAAAUCUAUUAAUAUCUACUACAACUUUAAAAUUCAAUUUAUAUGAUAAUGUAACAAUAACAACUAGUACUAUAGACAAUAAGACUGAUCAAACAUCAAUAUCAACAAGUACAUAUUUCAAUACAACAACAACUUUUAUUAUUAAUACAAGAAUAAAUUCGUCGAAUAUAACUAUAAACACAAAUGAAAUAAAAAUAACAACAACUUUACCAUCUUCUACAACGGAAUCAACUACAUCUGAUGUUAGCAAUAAUCAUUCUAAACAAUCAUCGUCAAGAUCAAAGUGGUGGUUAUUAAUUGCUCUUAUAGUAAUGACAGUGGUUCUUAUUAGUAUUGCUUUUAUCUAUUAUCAACGACGACAAACACCAUAUACAAGAUUUUUGCGAAAUUGGCAACCACGUGAUGAUGAUGCAGAUAAUACUAUUCUUCAACUCGAACAAUCUGAUAUAAUAAAUAAUCAAUGGCCACAUCAAAUCUCUUUAGUUUAA